UGUGUGUUGGGCAACAGAACUCGAUUCUAUUCUUCAGACAAAUGGCGAAACUAAUAAAUAGGUCUUCGUUUGUUGCUUUACCAGUUUUUGUCGCCCUAAUUGCUCUCCUCAUCGCUUUCGGAUUUCCGUUCAAAUCCUACCUCGUUUCUCUUCGACAACAGAGAUUGUUUACUGCUGAAGAACUUUCUUUGUACAACGGAACUGAUGUUAACUUACCCAUUCUUUUAGCAAUUCUUGGUUCUGUGUUUGAUGUAACUAAAGGAAAAUCCCAUUAUGGCAUUGGAGGAGGUUACAAUCAUUUUGCAGGGAGAGACGCGUCACGGGCAUUUGUUUCAGGAAACUUUACCGGAGAUGGACUUACAGACUCUUUGCGUGGAUUAUCUAGCUCUGAGGUAAUCUUAAUUAAGUGCUCUUUCCUGCCAAAUGAUCUGUGGCCUUGUAUGCAUCCACUAGAAAUUUUGAGGGAUUCUCAGUUUGCAGCGAGAUUUUGGCCGACUCCUUUAAGAGUGAAGAGCAUUAUUGAAUGGCGAGAAUUCUACCGCAGAAGCUACAAGUUUGUUGGCAAGCUGGUUGGUCGUUACUAUGAUAUUCAAGGAAAUCCCACAAAAUAUUUAAAAGGGGUUGAAGCAAAGGCAGCAAGAGGUGCACAACUCUUGGAGAAACAGAAAAAAGAAGAAGCCAAACAACCCAGUUGCAAUUCAAGGUGGAGUCAAGGAGAGGAUGGAGAGGUCUGGUGUGACGAUGGUUUCCCAAGGUUAGUUCAGAGGCCUCAAGAAAUCGCUUUGACUGGGAAGAUGAGUAAACGAUGUGCUUGCUUUACUGAAGAUCAACUAAGCCAACAAGGGCUGGAAGUGUAUGAAGGAUGUGAUUAUCUCUCCAAGACUUGCCGUGUUUGACAUGAUGCAUAACUAAUUAUUUCUGCUGUUGAUUUUAUGUUGAAACAUCCUUAAAUGAUGAAAGAUUGAAAAAAUUAUGAAUGCAAGGAAAACACUUUGGGUUACAUGUGCAA